UGAAAAUCGCGCCGGACACGGACACGUACGUGGAUUGCGGCGGAUAAUCCGUAUAAUCGAGUGGUGUGGAUCGCCGGAAUUAUGACCAAAACAACGAAGCCCAAGGAGAAGGCGGCUGGAGCGCAGGGGGCGUUGGCGGGGGCAGGGUCGGGGGCCAAGGCGGGCGGGGGCAGUCUGCUGACGAACGCGGCGGACAGCAAGAUCCGUACGGCCAAAUCCAACAACAACAAGCGGCAGUCAGGACGAUCAACAGCAACUACAACAGCAGCAGGAUCAAAUGCAGCAGCGAAAGAGACAGCAAUAGCGAUCGGAGCGGAGCCCACAGGGGCAGCGACGCCGCCAGCGACGCUGACUGAGGCAGCGACGUCCGUCGCAGCGAAUUUAUCGACACUUGAGUCCGCGCACUCACAGGCUCACACUUCAGUUGUCAGCGAAACAGCAAGGCAAGCGGUAACCACAGCAAACGCGUCGGCAACAGCAACUCCAACACCAACAGCAACAGCAACACCAAGCGACACGCCAGCAACAACUGUAGCGGCGAUCGAUGACGAUCGCAGUGCGAUAAAUAAUACUAAUCAGCCGCAGAACGACGCGAGUGAAAGUGUUGAUAAUAAAAUCAAAGUGAUCAACUAUGCACAUCAGUCAGAGGAUCAGCAGCAACAGCAACAACAUCAUCAUAACCAUCAGAUCUACGAGCAGCAACAGUUUCUCAACCAACAAUUGAUAAGCCAGCAUCAGCAGGAGCAACAUCAGCAACAGCAAUCACAACAUCAGUCCCAACAGCAACAACUAGCGACACAGGAGCAACAUCAGGCCGGUUGGCUGGCCUAUGACCUGACCAGCGGUUCCGCGGCGGCAGCAGCGGCACAUCACCUCUUGGGCCACUUUCCCUAUCCGCCCACCCAUCACCAUCCAGCUGCCCAGCUCUACGAGCAUUACGCCAGUACGGAUCCCAUAAUGAGAACCAAUUUUGCGGUUUACAGCGUAUACGGCGGAGGUGGCAUGGCCAGUCACGAGCAACUGUCAGCGGCGGCGGCAGCGGCAGCAGCAGCGGCCCAGGGCACAACGCCCAACAUUGACGAGGUGAUCCAGGACACGCUCAAGGACGAGUGCUUCGAGGAUGGGCACAGUAGCAACUACCAUGUGCUGACUUCGGUCUCGGACUUGCAUCCCUUGAAGGAUGCCAGUCCAGUGCCUGGAAUCUAUUCCCUGACUACAGAUCAAAUCCAUCAACAACAGCAGCAUCUGCAUCACCAGCAACAGCAGCAGCAACUCUACCAUCAGCAACAGCAGCAACAUCACCACCACAACAACUCAACCAGCUCGGGGGGCGGCGAUUCGCCAUCGUCCUCCCAUGCCCUGUCCACCAUGCAGAGCUUCACCCAGCUGACCAGCGCCCAACGUGACAGCCUCUCGCCGGAGAACGUCGCCUACUUUGGGGCCACCCAGCUCAGUCCCAGCAUGCAGAACAGCUCUGUUUAUGCUGGAUCCUUGCUCACCCAGGCUGCCAAUGGCAUUCAGUACGGCAUGCAGUCGCCCAACCAGACGCACGCCCACCUCCAGCAACAGCACCACCAGCAGCAGCAGCAACACCAGCAACACCAGCAGCAGCAGCUGCAGCAGCAGCAACAGCACCACCUCCACCACCAGCAGCAGCAUCACCACAACUCGAGCAGCAGCAGUCCGGGUCCAGUGGGUCUGCACCACACGAGCUCCUCGGUGGCAACAGCGGCGGCGGUGGCGGCGGCCACGGCGGCGGUUAAUGGACACAACAGCUCCUUGGAGGACGGCUAUGGAUCGCCAAGGAGUAGCCACAGUGGCGGAGGAGGCAGCGUGGGGGGCGGUGGCACCUUGCCAGCCUUCCAGAGGUUCACAUCCGGCAACAGCGGCUUCGUCAGUGGCAUGCCCAAUGGCUCGGUCAGUGGCCCCGAACGCUACGCUUCGAUUUCCAAUUACCGUCCUCAGAACGAGGGCUGGUUUGACCCGAUGAGCUACACCUCCGCCGCAUCUGGCCAGGCGCAGUUGGGUGUCGGAGUUGGAGCCGGUGUGGUCACCAAUGUGAUACGGAACGGCAGGGCCAUUUCGGCGGCCAAUGCAGCAGCCGCAGCGGCAGUGGAUGGAAACACGGGAGCUUUUCUGUCCGCCUCGGCAUCGUUGUCAGCAAUGGCCGCUGAAUCAGGCGGGGAUUUCUAUAAGGCCAACUCAUUUAAUGUGGGCGGCGGUGGCCGUAGUAAGGCCAACACGACUGGUGCCGCCAGCUCGCAGGCCUACGGCUCCUGUCCAGGCUCGAGUGCAACCUCGGCGACUUCGGCGGUGGCGUCGGGAACGGCGACUGCAGCGACGACGCUCGACGAGCACGUUAGUCGCGCCAAUUCGAGACGCUUGAGUGCCUCGAAGAGAGCCGGAUUAUCCUGCUCCAACUGCCACACCACGUACACAUCGCUGUGGCGCCGCAAUCCAGCCGGAGAGCCCGUCUGCAAUGCCUGCGGACUGUACUAUAAGCUUCACAGCGUGCCCCGACCGCUGACCAUGAAAAAGGACACCAUACAGAAACGCAAACGCAAGCCGAAGGGCACGAAGAGCGAAAAGAAGAAGUUGAAGAACGCCUUAAGUGCCACGUUGGAGAGCGGCUCCUUGGCGGCCAAUUGUCACAAUGUGGGCCAGGCCUUGGACAGCAGCCAGAUGGGAGUGGACGUCAAUGAUGAUAUGAAACCACAGCUCGAUAUGAAACCAUACAACUCAUACUCAUCGCAGCCGCAACAGCAACAUCCGCAGUACCAACAGCAGCAGUCGCAGCAGUUGCUAAUGGCUGAUCAGCACUCAUCGGCGGCCAGCUCGCCCCAUAGCAUGGGUUCCUCCUCAUUGUCGCCAUCAGCCGCAUCACAUCAACAUCAGCAUCAGACACAUCAACAUCAGCAGCAGCAGCAGCAGCUCUGCUCCGGGCUGGACAUGUCGCCCAGCUCUAACUACCAAAUGUCACCCCUCAACAUGCAGCAACAACAGCAGCAAUCCUGCAGCAUGCAGCACUCACCCAGCACGCCCACAACCAUAUACAAUACCCCAUCGCCCACACACCAGCUCCAAAAUAACAACAACAAUAGCUUGCUCUUCAACAACAACAACAACAACAAUAGUAGCAAUGAGAAUAACAAACUAAUACAAAAAUAUCUGCAAGCUCAGCAACAGAGCAGCGGCUCCACCAACGACCAGUUGCUGGCCCAUCUGCUGCCGAACUCCUCGAUUGCGGCGGUAGCAGCAGCAGCGGCGACAGCAGCGGCAGUGAUCAAAACGGAGGCCCUGUCGCUCACCUCGCAGGCCAACUGCUCCACGGUCACCUCAACACCGACCACGGCAUCCAGCACGUUAUCCUCGCUGAGCCACGGCAACAUUAUUAGUCUGCAGAAUCCCUACCAUCAGCUGCAGCUGGGUCAGGGAAUGACGCUGUGCAAGGCAACGCGGGACUCACCGCCAUACUACCUGACGCCGGAGGAGGAGGAUGAGCACCCGGCCCUGAUCAAGAUGGAGCAGAUGGAUACGCCGCAGCAGCAGCAGCAACAAUCGGCCUCGCUGGACGAGCACUACGAACUGGCCGCCUUCCAGAGACAACAGCAGCAGCAUCUUUUGCACCAACAGCAUACGGCCGUCCUUUUGGGCCAACACGAUCAGCAUGCGGCCAACUUUACCAUGCACAAGUUCGGCGUGGAGCGGGAAACGUUGGUGAAGAUGGAGUAGGCGGGACACGCUGAGCUGAGCACCUGCCUGGCACCAUGACCAAAGAUUCUGUUGUUACAUAAAUCUCAUAGCUCCAAAGAAUUUAUAGCCCUUAGUCGCCUGUAUACCAAGAGCCGUUCUCAAAGAACCCUCGCCUAUCCCAAAUCUAUCACAUCAUUAGUUGUACAUAAGCAAGUAAUUUAAGCAAGUCGAUUGACAUUUCCAUUUUCGGCGAAUUCGAAUGACCUACUACUCGAAAUUUGUUAUUAAAUACUAGUUUAAUUCGUAGCAAAAUGCAGACAGCAUAAAAUCAAUUCAGAUUCUAGGUUAAUACUAUUCAUUUAAAUUUGUUAUCAAAUCGAAUACCUUUUGAGAUUUCUUUCAAUCAAAUUCCACUUGGAUAUUAGCCAUUUACUUAAGUUAAAAAAAAAGCAAAUCAAAAAAAAACGAAAACAAAAUCGAUCGAUGUAACCAACAAUCUCAUGCAAUUUAGUUAGUAAUUGAUAUCUUUUUAUACCAUUACCGAUAAAUAUUUAAAGCAAUUUAAGUUAUAGUCUCGUACAACUUUUUACAUCAUCUUUGCAAUAUUAAUUUUAUUUCUUUUGAGCGAAUAAACGACAUUAGUCACUUAAAUGGCCCAAAA